ACUUUCUGCGCAUUGUAUGGGGGAACUCCAAACAUGAAAAUGGUUUGACAUGGAUGAAUCGCGUGUUUCUGGUGGUUCUGGGUUGUCUGCACUAGGUGCAGGUAAACUGAACCCACUGGACAAUGAGCUGAUUGAGGCUCCCGAGGAUGAGGAAGACUUCGAUAUUUUGAAUGACGAGACGUUUGGAGAUAUACCUGUAGAACCGUUUGACUGGCAUGAGCAGCAUGAGCGGUUUGCGGAGGAGUUAAGUGGCAGUGGUUCGUUUUAUGAGAGUCGGCAGAAUGGACACGCUGCAAACAGGACGUGUGACUCCGGCUUUGGCACCACGGAAAAAAAUUACAUAUCACAAGAGGAAUUUCUGGAACAGAGUAUCAGUCAGUUGGUUGUCGAUGACGACGAGAGCUGUCCCGUCAGCAGUGACCCUGCCAUUGUCAACAUUUCAACCAGCCGGGACAUCCCAUUACCAUACAAGAAAGAAGCUCACCUUGAGAAUCUGUUUGGUCCAGCCUCCCCACCAUCUUUCUUGGACACAGAACACUUGCUUUCUCCGACAAGCAGAGACAUCUGGGGUUCACCAGCUGGUGACUCAUCGUUCCCGAAACCUGUUGACAAUCUGCAGGCACUGUUCAACUUCGCAAAAGUAGCCAACAAUGAUGUUCAGAUCAGUACCAGUAGUCCUGCUGUUACCAAAUCCAAGUCGGCAGUGCCCCAGUCACCAUCUAUACCAGCCUAUGCACAGACACUGGCAGAAAUAGAAAACCAGCUCCUGAAGAAGAAACCAGUGAAAGUAAUGACGGCCGAAAACUUGGAGCGAGAACUGCGGGGUGAGACCGCUUCGCCAACAAAACACGAGGAGAUCUCUAUCCGCCAGCCGGGCCCGUUCCAGCUCCAGCAACAGAACAGGUUGCCUUUCUCUAUGCCAGUACCCAUUCCUCCAAUUGGACGAACCGUUAUGCAGAAUAUACCACAGUCUAACAUUGGCUUCAGUCCUAUUUCUCAUUACCCCGAUGGACGGAAUUCCCCUCUCCAGUUUGGCAGUUCUCCGUUACGGAACAGAGUGUCACCUAUACCAACAUUAACUCGCCAGUCACCAGUCUUCAUUGGUAUUCAGUCGCCACUGGCUAGAUCAUUCACACCACCCCUUCCAGUUCACCGACCCCCUUCUCCUGUUCAAGCACGUUUUAUGUCCCCUUACAAUCAGACAUACAUCAUAGGAAAUGCUACCUCCCCACAGAAUGUAUUCAACAAUGCAGUCCGCAUUCCCCAGUCAAGUCGUGGCCCGGGUAUGCCAUUUGUUCACAUGGGUAGUCCACACGGUCCGAGAAUAACUCGUCCGAUGGUGAUGAGUGAUCCGGGAUUUGGACGAGGAUACCUGUCAAACAGAGGUCGUCAUUUCUCCAACAACCAACAUUUUGAGGGUUCUCCUGUGUUAUAUCAUGACAGACCAUCUCACAACACUCGCUUCGUGAAAGACAACCGACCGAUGCAGGUGCGUGAUAACCACCGGACUGUGGACGAAUACGACGGGCUGAUGACGCAGAAAGAGAAGGACUGGAUUGUGAAGAUUCAACUCAUGCAGCUACAGACGGAUAAUCCAUACCUAGACGACUACUACUACACGUGCUACACGUUAAAAAAGAAGGCCAUAGAACGGCAGAAACUCCGAGAGAGUAGUGGAGAUGGAGACAAUAAAAACGAUCCCAAACUUGUGAUACCUAACUUAGCAAAAAUGGAAUCCAGGGCUUACAUGCCAGCCCAGUUUGAAGGAUCUCUCGGCAGGUUGACCACGGCUAGUGUUCACAAUCCCAGGCAGAUCAUCGAUCUCGCGCGGAACAUCAGCCAGGCUGGGGAAGAGUCGAAGAACGUGAGCAAGGAAUUACGUCGCUUCAGGCAGUUACUGAUGGAUAUCGAGAAGGGCUUUAAUAUUCUUCUGGACAUCGAUGACCUGGAGAAAAAAGUGCUAGCUCUCCCGGAGGACAGCAGGAUUCCACUGUUAGAGGAAAGGCAGGACAAGAUCAACCUACUCUAUUCAUCUCUGUCUAUGCAGGAUUACAUUGAAACAUUUAUUCAAAUCAUGUCUGUCAGAAAGGGGAGGAAACUCUUGUCCAGAGUGCUGCCCUAUUUGAGCAAGGCCCAAGCUGCUAUACUAGUCUCAUUGAUACUGUGUAAUCUCGGACAGCUCAUGAAGAAAGACCAAAAGGAUGAGGGCAUGGUGAUGUUGACUGAUGCCAUCUGCCAGGCUAUCGGAAACACUGAUCUCGACCAGCUUGUGGAGCUCACUCAGCAGAUCAGCGAGGACAAGAUUCAGGAGAAAAUCUCUGCCCUUAUGCAGAACAAGUUCGGCUCAAGCCUCUUGUGCAGUAUGUUACGGCAGGGGGAGAACAUUCUGAAGAACACGUCACCAGUCGACUUGGACAACCAGAUGCAGACUGCUUGGAGUCAUUUUGUGGAAGAAUUUGUCGAAGCCUUGACUACCAUCCCAAAGGAAUCUAUAGUGUCUCCGAACAAACCUCAUCAAAGUAUAAUGGACCAUCUUGACCGCCAGCUGAACAAAGAGCUCAUUGCUGACAUAGAGGACAAAAUCAGUGUACUCACUUCAAUACCGGGGACAAACCGUCACAACAGCGAAAGCAAAUAAACCGUGACACCACACUGGGUCGUUUUCCUCAACAAUUUGGGUCUUUCAUUAACAAGUCUUUGUCCGAGGAGAAUUAGAAUUUUUUUUUAUCGCAGUGUUUGAUAUGUUUGAGUAUUUAUGGACAAGUUUUCAAUGUUUCAAGACCAUUACGCCAAAUGUGAAGAUAUAUUAGGUAUGAAAAUGGUUAAUCAAAGAUUAGUUUAUGUUGAUAGAUUUGUUGAAUGUGAAUUCAUUUGACUAGUUAGAAUUGUUUUUGGAUUUUUUUUAUUUUUUUAUCCUAGUCUUUCAACAAACAUUUUUCAUUAGUUUAAAAGGAAUUUACAAAAUAUGUAUCGAGGGGGUGGGGGGAGACUCAAACUAACUAGUCAAUUCAGCUUUUGUACAUAUGAGGUGCUGGGGUUAUGACACAGCCGGGGCAAGGCUUUAUUCUGUACACUGAUAUAUGUGGGGAUAUAAAGUAUAGUAUUUAUUAACAACUCUAAGAAAGUGCUGUAAUUUAAGAGGAAUUGUUAAAUGGACACCAGGUGCAAAGAUGUGCAUUUUCCAUUGGUGAGAAAGAUGAAAUAUCUUCAUGUUUUUAUUUAAUAGAAUUGCGCUAAGAAAUAAUAGCUUCUUCGGGGGUUUUUCUGUGUAUAAAUGUUGUCACAAACAAGACUUUCUAGAUAGUUGGUUAUUCAUUUAUAAAAUGUGUUAUCAUUCUGUAUCGGAUGAUUAUUCAUCUGUAGGUAUAUUAUCAUUCUGUAAUAUUAGUAUGUGUUAACCUUGUGUAACGGAUGAUUAUUUAUCAUAUAAGAUUUGUUGGGAUGGCCACUGGUUGGACAGAGUUGUGAGCUGUUGUUGAGGAAUUUUGUGUGCUUAAUAAUAUGAACUGCACUGUACAAUAUAACAUUUUAGAUCCUUUGGUUUUCAUUUUCAGAGACCUCUCACUGCCAUUUUGGAUGCAUGGGAAAAAAAUUUGAAUUUCUUAUAUGAUUCAAUAAAGUUGGAAGUUACUUUAUAUUCCCUUUUUUGGUUAGCAUUAGUGUGCAUGUUAGUUUGAUAAUUGCAUAUAUUAAUUUCAGAAAUUCUCUUCCCUACCCUAUUGAAUAUUUUCUGGCAUUUGUAUGUAGGACUGGGCAAAAAGUGCUUUGAAUUUUUGUCAUUAUGAUUGUUAAAAGCCCCGAAAUAGAACAAACUUAGUUUGCUUUUAUGGUGAUCCAUUGAUGAUUUUUAGGGUGUUACCUCUUGUGUUACUCCACUUUCAUAUUCAUGACCAUUCUCAUGAAGGCUUUAUCAUUUUUAUUGCUAAUUUGGUAGUCAAAUUUCCUAAUGUGAAUGUUUAAAUUCCCACCUUUUUAUCAUCAAUGAUAUAUAUAAAUACAUAUAUAAAUAUAUAUAUUAAAUGAUACACAUUUUCAUCAUAAAGCGUAUACGAACAUGCAGUAGAAUAGACUUAGAAGUAUCUUACUAAUUAACAAGUUGUCACCAGAAUUUGCCAUUUUUGAAACUCAUUUUGAUUUUGUAGGCCAGUUGUGAUAGGAAGAUAGCCUGCUUUUAAAGUUCAAUUGGGAAUGUAUUUUUCAUUAUCUUGGUUUUGUAACUGGUGUAAGCCACAUGUGCAUGACAAGACGAGACAUUUUUCAACAUGCAGAGUUUGUAUUGUUUUUAUUUGAUGCAGUCGUGUAGAUAUAGUUUUCUUAAAUUUACUUUGGGCUGUAACAGAACUUAUUUUGGGGCAGUGGUUUGAUGUGGGAUGAGCUUUUUUGUUUGUUUGCAGAAACAAAUUUAUAAUAUUCUGAAGUUAAACAGAAUAUUUUUGACUUGGCAAAGCAGGAAUUAAAAUAUAAAGAAAAGCUAUAAAGUACAGUUCAAUUAUAGUAAUUGUUCCUUAAGAACAAGUUUAUGCCAAACCUAAAACAGUUCCAGCAAACACAAGCUGUAUUAAAUGGGUAAAAGAAAAAGAAGCUGUUUUGCCAUUCCUAGAACACUCUUAAUUAAAAUUAAUUUUGAACAAUUAAGCUAAAAUCUUUUCAUAUGAUAUAGUACAUAGGCUUGCCUAGCAGAGUUAAUUGUAAUUUAGUUUAGAAUGUAUUCGGAUCAACUAACAAUUAAUUUUUUCAUGUAAAUGUCCUUGUUGUCUUUUCUUUUGGUCUCUCGUUUCGUUGCUGCUGGAAGUUGAAGCAGAAUUGCUGUACAGGUUGUUUAACUGAAAACCAAAUUCUUUCUCAAGAUGAAUUGCUGUAUUUGUGAACUGCAUUAUGUCGUUUGCUUUAAUACUUGCAAAUAUGCUGGCCAAAAUAAAUUCUUUUUCUAUUAUAUAAAUGAAUUGCAUGCAUUUUCAGAGAUAGAUCCUGACAACUUAAGAAUGAUACUGAAUUACUUAAUUAUGUGUUAACUGUUUGUUGAACUGUCCAUAGUGCUAGUUAUGUUAUCUUUUUUCUUUCUUUUGUUUUUCUUUUCUUUGUUUUAAUUUAACAUUUCUAUUUCUGCAAAUGUGUUAGAAUAAAGUGUUCGUAUAAAGUGCACCUACUCUGGCAGUAGCUAGUGGGAAUUUCCCUAUUAGGUCAGUUGGUAGGGCACUGGACUGGAGGUUGAUUUUUCUGUUACACUGGUGUAAAGAUUGAACUGGAUGUAUUUGGGUAAAUUGGAAAACUAAUGGGUUAAUACUGACAGAAUGUACUAAUUGCCGUCUAUCUAAGCAUAACCAAUAAGUGCAAAGUAAGAGUUAAAAUGGCAGUGCAUUUUAUUGCAGAUAAAUGGUUAAGACCUAUUAACUGUAGUAUAUCAUAAGGAAAAGAACUGUUAUAAUAUAGUUAACUGGGUCAAAUUUAAUUCUAAUGAUAACUGAAGAUUUGUUAUUCACAAGUGCUGUUGUAUGCACAUGCUGUUAAUACUGUGCAGGCUAACAUUUGUUUUAAACCCUGGCAUGCUUGAUAAUUGAAAUUAUAACAAUUGCUUGUGUUUAAAGUAUUAAAUAGACUGGGUUACCGGUAAUAAAAAUGGAAAAGGUAGCAGUACAAAGGUAUUUUUAUUUUAUUUGUGUAAUUGUCUAUAGUUCAUAUGAAGUGCUAAUUUCAUUUGAUGUUUAUUUGCAUUUGUUAUGUUCGUGAAUGUUGUAUUUGUGAAAUUAAUGGAACGCAGCUUGUUCAGAAUUUUGUUCAUUUUAUUUAACACAUUAUUUUGAGUGGGUUUUUUUCCCCUUUAAAUUUCUUUCCUUUUUUUGUCUUUUUUUUUUUAUACUAAAUGUGCACUAUUUGUAUUAUUUGAUAUUAACCAUUUAUUGACACAAAUUGCUUGUAAGUGGGGCGACAUUAGUUAAGCCGUGACAGUAUUGCUGGCUGACUCUAAGGACAAAAAAACUAUUUCCGACUAAUUCUCUUUAGGUUAGAUUUCCACAUCAGUUCAUUACACUGGUAGAUGAAUAAAGACAAGUAAAUAUGUUUAUUCUUAAGGUGACCACUCCAUAUGUCGGUAACCUAGUGACUGAACCAUUGCAGUUUACCCGGAACUUGUAUGGUAAAUGAGUUCCUUAAAAACUAAUCCAAUAGUUAACUCCUAACUUAAUUUAAUUGUUAUUUACUGAAUCCCCAUACAGACAUCAGUGAUUUAUUGUGUUGAGAUGUUCUUACAUCCCUUGGUUGAUUGGGUCAACUUUGACCAGAGAAGGAAGAGAAUCGGCUGGGGUCACUUUACCAGGACUCUCUGUUCUUUGACGGACCAGUGACAUAGAUAUUAAUAUUGUCAUUGUCCUAUUUUGACAAAACGUAUGGUCCGAUAUGCUAAUAUUGACUUUUUGCAUAUUUGAAGUAUUUAUUUUUAAAACAUAGAUAAAUAAUAUUUGUUUUAUAAAUGAUUAACAUGCCAUGGGCUUAGUCAGCAAUCUGUCUUAACUCAUUUCUAAGACAAAAUAUGUAACAUUUAUGUUAAUGAGUCAAACACUUGCAGGCAGAACGUCAUGUACAGAAUUUGUAAUGGCUCCAAUAAAGAUAGUGUAAACCUUA